UUUCUGGAAGCCGCCUGCUGCUGCUCUCUCUCCCGCCGGCCCUCGUGAGCGGCUCAGCUUUAACGACGCUGUAGCUCGGACGCGAUGGCUGCUGUGAAGGCGCUUAACCCCAAAGCGGAGGUGGCCAGAGCUCAGGCCGCACUGGCCGUGAACAUUAGCGCCGCUCGGGGACUUCAAGAUGUUUUGAGGAGUAACCUCGGACCGAAAGGGACCAUGAAAAUGCUUGUGUCCGGUGCAGGCGACAUCAAGCUCACCAAAGAUGGCAAUGUUCUGCUGCACGAGAUGCAAAUCCAGCAUCCCACUGCAUCUUUGAUUGCUAAAGUGGCCACAGCCCAGGACGACAUCACCGGGGAUGGAACAACGUCCAAUGUGCUCAUAAUUGGAGAGCUACUGAAACAGGCAGACCUUUACAUUUCCGAGGGACUCCACCCCAGAAUAAUUGCAGAAGGCUUUGAAGCUGCUAAGGACAAGGCCCUGGAGGUGCUGGAGGAGGUGAAGGUGACCAAGGAGAUGGAUCGGGAGACCCUCAUUAAUGUGGCCAGGACCUCGCUGAGAACCAAGGUCCAUGCAGAGUUGGCUGACCUGCUCACAGAGGCUGUGGUUGAUGCUGUGCUGGCCAUCAAGAAACCAAACGAGCCUAUUGACCUCUACAUGGUGGAGAUCAUGGAAAUGAGGCACAAAACAGAGAGUGAUACACAAUUGAUCAGAGGUUUGGUGCUGGACCAUGGAGCUAGACAUCCGGACAUGAAGAAGAGAGUGGAGGACGCUUACAUCCUGACAUGCAAUGUCUCUUUGGAAUAUGAGAAAACGGAGGUGAACUCCGGGUUCUUUUAUAAGAGUGCUGAUGAGAGAGAGAAACUGGUGAAGGCUGAGAGGAAAUUCAUUGAGGAACGUGUCCAGAAGAUCAUUGCGCUCAAGAACAAAGUGUGUGCUGACAACGACAAGGGCUUUGUGGUCAUCAACCAGAAGGGUAUUGACCCAUUCUCUCUGGAUGCUCUGGCCAAAGAGGGAAUUGUGGCUCUGCGCAGGGCGAAGAGGAGGAACAUGGAGCGACUAUCUCUGGCCUGUGGUGGUGUUGCAAUGAACUCUGUGGAUGACCUCACUCCAGAAUGCUUGGGUCAUGCUGGUCUUGUCUAUGAAUACACACUGGGUGAGGAGAAGUACACGUACAUUGAGAAGUGUGGAAACCCUCGUUCUGUGACGCUCCUGAUCAAAGGCCCCAACAAACACACUCUGACACAGAUCAAAGAUGCUGUGAGAGAUGGCCUACGAGCAGUGAAAAACGCCAUCGAAGACGGCAGCGUUGUUGCAGGAGCAGGGGCAUUUGAGGUUGCUGUGGCAGACGCUCUGGUGAAGCACAAGCCAAAAGUGAAGGGCCGGGCUCAGCUGGGUGUGCAAGCUUUUGCUGAUGCUCUGCUCAUCAUCCCUAAAGUCCUGGCUCAGAAUUCUGGCUAUGAUCCACAGGAGACUCUUGUGAAGCUGCAGACUGAAUUCAAAGAGUCUGGUCAGCUCAUUGGGGUGGAGUUGAGCACAGGUGAGCCCAUGCUUGCUGGGGAGGCUGGUGUUUGGGAUAACUACAGUGUUAAAAAGCAGCUCCUUCACUCCUGCACGGUUAUUGCUAGUAACAUCCUCCUGGUAGAUGAGAUCAUGAGAGCUGGAAUGUCUUCCCUCAAAGGACAAAAUCAAGCAUGAUAAAAACCUGCGGGAUGAAGAAAGGCUGGAGAUGGCCUGUCGCUCAGCGCCCAGACGCCUUGAGUUCUGCGCUAAGUGCAUCCUGUCUGGAUUCAUACAGCGACGACAAACACCUCUCUUUAUGUGUCAGCUCAUUCUGUGUCCAGUAGCGUUUUAUGCCCCCAUGGAAUUGUCGCUCUUCCAUUGAUCAAUUGGGUUAUUUAUGAGAUUUUGUUAAAGGCACUGAACUGCGAUACACACUUUUUCUUUGUACCCAUUAAACGUUUUGGUUCAUGAAAAUGCGUCGUGUCAUUUACCUUUGAAGACCCGACCGGUUGAAGAAAAUCUUAUUCCAUAUAAAUUGGACAAACCACGCUGAGACUUUCUCCCUUGAAAGCAUUUUAUUUAAAUAAAAUUAACACAGUUUUCCCGACAGGUCGUCAUCUUAUUAAAACUUGCUAUGCAUAAUUAGUCUAUAAAACGCAAGAGUUCAAAAACAAUGCUCUGCUGCUGUUAGUGGUUCUGGAUAACAAAAGUGAUCUGUAUGAAAUGUGAUGUGCUCAAAAUCAGCUUCUCAAAGGUUUAAAAACUGAUUCUCAGCAUUAUUACACACAAAAGAAACAUGAUGUGAAAUGUGUAUAAUUAUGCAAACAGUGGUGCAACUUCAGUAUUGCUACAGGCGUUGAAACAGCAGUAGAAGAAAGUUGUUAAAAUUCGAGGAAUUCUGUUGAUGAAGAUGAUGGUUUGGAAUGUGCAACACUUCAAAAGAUCUUGAUAUGCAUUCAGCCUAGUCCUUCUGUUUAAUUUUCCUCAAAACCAGCAAUGUCAAAUCCCUCCCAUCUGCUUCAUUCAGUCACCCUACGCAACGAGUGCCAUUCUGUUCAUUUGUCCUCCUUUCCAUGUACUUCCUUACCCAUUCCUGUCACCAGACUCCUCCAAUUUCAACCAAAACCUUUUAUUCAGUUCUCAAAUCACAUCAAAAUCUAAUACAGUGGUCAGUUUGAAUCUGAUGGAAAUGAAAAAUACAGUGUAAAGGCAGACUGUAAUGGACAGUAUGUUGUUGAGGUGAGGUUAGAAAACAUUUCUCUGUAACUGAUUACACUAACAACAGACACCAUGUUGUAAACUACUCGAUAAUUAAGGCAGAAAAAAAAAACAAAAUGACAAACCAUAUUUCUAA